AUGGCCAAAGACGCACCUAGCAGAGAGCCCAAAAGUCAUGCCAGAGAUGAAGAAGGCAAAGAAACAGGAAAGCGAGAUUAUCACAUGUAUGACAAUGCAGGCAAGCCAACCUCAAACUGUGAUCAGGCCAAGUCAAGCUGCCAUCAGUACCAGCUGGAGACUGAGCCCAACAAGCUUCUCAAAUUGGAGCCGAUUAAUACAUGUACAUGCCAGACCAUGGAUUACGUUGGGCCUUUUGCCACUGUGCAAGGUCGAGGAGUGCGCCGUCAAAAAAGGUGGCUGUGCCUGAUCACUUCCUUAUCAUUUCGUCCAGUCCAUUUGGAGGUGGCAUUUGGUUUAGACCCGGACAGCUUUUUAAAUGCCUUUACACGUUUCACCAGCAGAAGAGGGGUGCUAAAGGAGAUGGUCAGUGAUUGCGAAACCAAUUUUGUUGGAGCCGCCAACGAAUUGAAAGAGCUUGUAAGUGAGUUGGACCAGGACAAGACUCAGCAAAGCGGAGCUCAUCAAGGUGUAAAAUGGAAUUUCAAUCCAUCUGUGGCACCUCACUUUGGUGGCAUCCAUGACGUAAUGAUUAUAUCAGCUAAGAAGGCUAUCUAUGGAGUAAUUGGAACCAGUAACGUAACUGAUGAAGAGUUAAUUACUGCAGCGGUAGCGGCCGAAAGUCUGCUCAAUUCGCGGCCGCUUACCUACCACUUAGCUAACCCUCAGGAUAUUGUACCGCUUGCUCCAAACCAUUUCUUACAUGGUCAGCAGGGUGGCUAG